UUGAGUUGAGUUGACCUACGUUCUCUGUUGGUACCCCGCGUUCAUGUUCCCGAUAUUUCUGCCAACAAAAGCUCCCAGCGUUUUUACGAUGUCAACGCCAUUAAAGUCCACCCUUAUCGUGUGCGCAAAUAAACACAUGGGAGUUCAAGGUCGGGUUCAAGGUUCAUCCGCCUGCACUCAAUCAACGAUUAGGGGCUAAAACAGCGCACAUGUGAAUGGAUCCUCCCGAGCAAGCGAGACAAUGAACCUGACCUCAGAGAACCAUUGGAUUCCUCUUCGAGACGGGAACCAAAUACCGCUGCUGGGAUUAGGCACAUAUGGAGACCCUCGGACGACACCAAAAGGUACAGCUUUGGAAUGUGUCAAGCAGGCCAUCGAUGUGGGCUACAGGCACUUUGACGGCGCUUUGGUGUAUUUCAAUGAGCACGAGGUGGGUCAAGCCAUCCGGGAAAAAAUUGCUGAUGGAACUGUGAGACGAGAGGACAUCUUUUACUGUGGCAAGCUCUGGAAUACCUUCCAUCCACCAAAACUCGUCAGACCGACCUUGGAGAGGACCCUGAAGGCCCUAAAACUGGACUAUGUGGAUCUCUAUAUCAUUGAGCUUCCAAUGGCCUUCAAGCCCGGCAAUGAAUUCUACCCUAAAGACCAGAAUGGGAAGUACAUCUACCACCACACAGACCUCUGUGCCACCUGGGAGGCUUUAGAGGCAUGUGUCGACGCAGGCCUUGUCAAGUCUCUGGGAGUGUCCAACUUCAACCGCAGACAACUUGAACUGAUCCUCAACAAACCCGGCCUCAAACAUAAGCCUGUAUCCAACCAGGUGGAAUGUCAUCCUUACUUCACGCAGCCCAAACUUCUGGACUAUUGCCGUCAAAACGACAUUGUUAUUGUCGGCUACUGCCCGCUCGGUUCCUCCAGAGAUGCAUCCUGGGUCAAUGUGAAAUGUCCUCCCAUGUUGGAGGACGAGCUGCUUGUCUCCAUCGGGAAGAAGUACAACAAGAGCAGUGCUCAGGUGGCUCUGCGCUUCAACGUGCAAAGAGGAGUGGUGGUCAUUCCCAAGAGCUUCAACCCACAGCGGAUCAAACACAACUUCCAGAUAUUUGAUUUUUCACUCACCGAAGACGAAAUGAAAGCCAUUGAAGGGCUGAACAAGAACAUUCGCUUUGUGGAGCUGCUCAUGUGGAGUGACCAUCCGGAGUACCCGUUUCAUGAUGAUUACUAAAUAUUAUCACU